AUGGCUCCUCCGAAUAUCAAAGUUCCGGGGCCGAAUGAGUUGGCCCCACGGGCUACUCUAGCCACACCAACCGCUACCCAGUGGGCGACAACGACCCUUAAGGUCGGCGGCAUGACCUGCGGCGCCUGUACCUCCGCGGUCGAGUCCGGUUUUAAGGGUGUCGAUGGCGUGGGAAGCGUCUCCGUGAGCUUGGUCAUGGAGCGCGCCGUGAUCAUGCACAACCCGGAGGUGAUUUCUGCUGAGCAAAUCGCCGAGAUUAUUGAAGACCGCGGGUUUGACGCCGAAGUACUAUCUACAGACCUACCGUCGCCGAUGUUCCCGACAGGCCAGGACCUGUUUGACGCUGACGAAGACGCUGGCCUGCUCACAACGACGGUUGCGAUUGAGGGAAUGACUUGCGGCGCUUGUACAUCAGCCGUGGAGGGAGGCUUCAAGGACGUCCCGGGUGUAAAGAGCUUUAGCAUAUCCUUGCUCUCUGAAAGAGCCGUUAUUGAGCACGACCCGGAUCUGUUGACUGCCGAGCAAAUUGCCGAGAUCAUUGAGGACCGUGGAUUCGGCGCUGAGAUUGUGGAUAGUGGAAGCGCACAACAAGAAAAGCCCAGAGCGAGCAGCAACCCAACCAGCUCAGUGGCAACAACAACAGUCGCUAUUGAAGGCAUGACCUGCGGAGCUUGUACGUCUGCCGUGGAGGGGGGUUUCAAAGAGUUGGACGGUGUAUUGCGCUUUAAUAUCAGCCUGUUGGCGGAGCGCGCUGUUAUUACCCACGACACGACGAAACUUUCCGCGGAGAAAAUUGCCGAGAUUAUCGAGGAUAGAGGCUUCGGUGCCGAAGUCUUGUCGACCGCAUUCGAAGUAUCUGCGCAUGGUGGCGCCUCCUCAACCGCGCAGUUCAAAAUCUACGGAAAUCCGGACUCCACUCAAGCCUUAGCCCUGGAGGCGAAGCUGGCAUCUAUUCCGGGUAUCAACACCGCGAAGCUUAGCUUGGCUUCAUCGAGACUGACUGUCACACAUCAACCCAACAUCAUCGGCCUACGAGGUAUUGUUGAGGCUGUUGAAGCAGAGGGUCUCAAUGCUCUGGUGUCCGACAACGAUGAUAACAAUGCGCAGCUUGAAUCGCUUGCCAAGACCCGAGAGAUUAACGAGUGGCGGAGAGCCUUCAAGUUGUCACUCUCGUUCGCCAUUCCCGUCUUUCUUAUCAGCAUGAUUAUUCCCAUGUGCUUUCCAGCUCUAGAUUUCGGUAGCUGGGAACUACUAAACGGCAUUUUCCUCGGCGACUUGAUCUGUUUAGCGCUCACGAUACCCGUCCAGUUCGGCAUUGGAAAGCGCUUCUACGUAUCAGGCUGGAAAUCCAUCAAGCACGGGUCGCCAACUAUGGACGUCCUCGUUAUUCUUGGUACUUCUUGUGCCUUCUUCUUCAGUAUUAUGGCUAUGUUGGUGUCUUUCUUAUUCCCGCCGCACACGAGACCCGCUACCAUUUUCGACACCAGCACCAUGUUGAUCACCUUCGUCACCCUGGGCCGGUUUUUGGAAAACAGAGCCAAGGGGCAGACCUCCAAGGCUCUUUCCCGCCUCAUGUCUUUGGCACCCUCGAUGGCCACCAUCUACGCCGACCCUAUUGCUGCUGAGAAAGCUGCCGAGGGCUGGGAGAACGCAGCGGUUUCCGGUGAACCCAAGACGCCCAACCGCGAUGGUCACGCAGCAGAGGAAAAGGUCAUCCCAACUGAGCUCCUUCAAGUUGGAGACGUCGUUAUUCUUCGUCCUGGUGACAAGAUUCCUGCUGAUGGCGUUCUGGUCCGUGGUGAGACUUAUGUUGAUGAGAGCAUGGUUACCGGUGAGGCCAUGCCAGUCCAGAAGAAAAAGGGCAGCUUCUUUAUUGGGGGCACGGUCAACGGUCACGGACGCGUCGACUUUAGGGUCACUAGGGCCGGUCGUGAUACUCAGCUCAGCCAGAUCGUUAAGCUUGUUCAGGAUGCCCAGACUACUCGCGCUCCUAUUCAACGACUUGCCGAUACACUCGCUGGCUACUUUGUUCCCACCAUUCUUCUGCUUGGUUUCCUAACUUUCCUUGUCUGGAUGGUCCUCAGUCACGCGCUCACAAAUCCACCAAAGAUCUUUACUCAAGAAGCUAGCGGCGGUAAAAUCAUGGUGUGCGUCAAGCUGUGCAUUUCGGUCAUUGUCUUUGCCUGCCCCUGCGCUCUCGGUCUGGCUACACCCACCGCUGUCAUGGUGGGCACCGGCAUUGGCGCAGAGAAUGGCAUUUUGGUCAAGGGCGGUGCUGCUUUGGAGACGACCACCAGAAUUACGCAGAUCGUCCUUGACAAGACUGGCACGAUUACUCAUGGCAAGAUGAGUGUGGCUGAAAUGAAACUUCUUCCCGCCUGGCAGGAUAGUGAAUGGAGACGCCGACUCUGGUGGCAUAUCGUCGGCCUCGCCGAGAUGGGCAGCGAGCAUCCUGUCGGUAGAGCUGUCCUGGGGGCUGCUAAGACAGAAUUAGGCCUGGACGAUGAAGCAACCCUCGAAGGCAGUGUGGGCGAGUUCAAGGCUGCUGUUGGCAAGGGUAUCAACGCCCUUGUUGAGCCUGCUGUCAGCAACAAGCGCACCCGUUACCGUGUUCUCCUCGGCAAUGUUCGCUUCCUUCGUGAGAACGAUGUCAACGUCCCGGUCGAGGCAGUCGAGGCUUCUGAGCAGCUCAACGUCAAGGCCAACUCCAGCUCCAAGAACACAUCCGCAGGUACCACAAACAUUUUUGUUGCCAUCGAUGGCACUUACACCGGCCACCUCUGCCUCUCUGAUACAAUCAAGGAGGGCGCUGCGGCCGCCAUCGCUGUCCUCCACCGCAUGAAGAUUAAGACUGCCAUUGUUACCGGCGACCAGCGCUCCACUGCGGUCGCUGUCGCGGUCGCUGUUGGUAUCUCUCCUGAUAACGUAUUUGCUGGCGUCUCUCCGGACCAGAAGCAAGCUAUUGUCCACCAGCUUCAGGAGCAAGGCGAGGUUGUCGGUAUGGUUGGCGACGGCAUCAACGACUCUCCUGCCCUUGCGACUGCAGAUGUAGGCAUUGCCAUGGCCAGCGGCACCGACGUCGCUAUGGAAGCCGCCGACGUUGUCCUCAUGCGUCCUACUGACCUUAUGGACAUCCCCGCUGCGCUGCACCUCGCCCGCUCCAUCUUCAACCGCAUCAAGCUCAACCUCGCCUGGGCCUGCCUCUACAACGCCAUCGGUCUUCCCUUCGCCAUGGGCGUUUUCCUCCCUUUCGGCUUCCACCUCCAUCCCAUGGCCGCCGGUGCCGCCAUGGCCUGCAGCAGUGUCAGUGUCGUCGUCAGCUCCCUUCUCCUCAAGUUCUGGACCCGCCCGAGUUACAUGGUCGACCCGUCCAUGCAGACUAAGCGCCGCGGCUUUGGUAUUAUCGAGAGGAUCAAGUAUGUCGUCCGCCGCAUCAGGGGCAGACGCACUCAAGACCAGGGCUAUGUGCCCCUCGCCAAUAUGGCAGACCGGGACGAGUAG